AGAACACUGUAACUGAGCUGCAAACUUUUUGGAAUGAGAGUUUGUGUGGUAGGGGCUGGUGUGUCAGGCCUACCAGCUAUCAAGUCUUGUCUUGAAGAGAACAUCGAUGUCAUCUGCUAUGAGAAAACAGCGGAUUUGGGUGGUUUAUGGAAUUAUCGGUCUGGACAGAAGAAUAUUGGCGGAACCGUGAUGGCGUCCACAGUCGUCAACACGUCCAAGGAAAUGAUGUCAUAUUCUGAUUUUCCACCCCCUGAGGACUAUCCCAACUUUAUGCAUCAUUCUAAGGUAUCCGAAUAUCUACACAUGUACGCUGAAAAAUUCGACCUAGUCAAGCACAUUCAUUUCAACACCGCCGUGAAAUAUAUUACUACUGAGGAUGAUGGGUACAGAGUUGAGCUGGAGAACGGAACAGUAGAGCACUUUGAUAAAGUUAUGUUGUGCACUGGACAUCAUGCUGAACCCAAAUAUCCGCAGCUGAGAGACGUCGAUAAGUUCAAAGGAAAGAUCAUGCACGCGUACGACUUCCGCGACACGAAAGGAUUCGAAGGAAAAAACGUCUUUCUCUUAGGAAUCGGAAACUCUGCUCUGGAUAUCGCUGUAGACUUGGCGAAGGUUGCUAAAUCAGUAACAGUUUCGACAAGGCGAGGCACAUGGAUUUUCAACAAAGUAGCAGCCUGUGGCAUGCCUUAUGACACAAUCUACAUGACGAGGUUCUACGACUGGUUGAUGGAUACCAUUCCUUGGACGAUAGCCAAUGACUACAUGGAACACCUUGUACAACAAAGAAUGGAUCACGAUACAUAUGGUUUGAGACCGAACCACAGGUUCUUCCAGCAGCAUCCAACAGUCAACGAUUCUCUAUGCCAUCUUAUUUGUACCGGUUUCAUCACAAUCGCGGACGAUGUGGACACGUUCACCGCAGACAAAGUGAUUGUGAAAAAUGGCAAAAGCUACGAUUGCGACGUCUUCAUUUCAUGCACCGGAUACACGUUCGGAUUUCCAUAUCUGGAUAAGAAACUUAUCAGCAUCGAGCAUCACGAAGUGCCACUCUACAAGUUCGUCUUCCAACCAGAUCACGACAAUUUGGCAGUGAUUGGAAUGAUACAGCCGAUUGGAAGCAUUGUUCCCAUAUCUGAGCUGCAGAGUCGCUGGGCGAUCCAAGUAUUUCUGGGAAAUAUUUCGUUACCCUCCAAGAAAGUGAUGCUGGAAGACAUAGCGCUAAAGCGAGCACUAAUGAAAAGAAGAUAUUUCCAAAGCGAAAAACACACAAUACAGGUCGAUUACAUCAAGUACAUGGACGAGAUCGCUGAAAUUGUGGGCUGCAAACCCGACAUUCUCAAGAUCAUGUGGUCGGACCCCCGUUUUGCAUUGCGACUUUUUCUCGGUGCGAACGUGCCUUACGUCUAUCGUCUGCAGGGGCCGCAUAAGUGGGACGGGGCUGAGGAGGCAAUUCGCACUGUACCGUACCGUGUGAAAAAGCCGCUCAAAGCGCGUGAAUGUCGAAUGCGACGUCAUAAACGACGAGGAACUAUCGAUGAAUAUUUCCGUUACAUCAGCAUGAAAUGGAUAGCUGGUUGGACGACAUUCAUUUUCAUGGCCGGUCUCGCCACAUUCUGCUCCGGAACCGGUGGAAUGUCAUUGCUUGCCUACUGCUCUUACGUCAUCACAUUCUUUAUUUUGUUUUCUUUCAUGCUGUUAUGGUUCGACUUCCAAUAUGAUAUGACAACAAUAAUAUAAUAUUAUUGUACACUCUUUAUCUAUUUGCUUUGAUAUGGUGCUUUGUCUCAGAUGUUUACUGCAUGUGUAUCAUCUUCUUCUUUGCGCAAC